GAGCCGGCAUCCCUCGAUAUGUGCACUGGUCUGAAGCGCUGUCGCUGCUUCACUUGGCACGUCGACGCUCUGCGGGCAACGAGGAAGAUUACACCACCGCAGUGUUCCUCUGUGCCAGGGGAGGUCGCUGGCAGUGGGCCCUGCAGCUGCUCACCGAGGCAUGGCGUUCUUCCUUUCACCCCCGCCUGGCAUCGGUAAAUGCUGCGAUCUCGGGCUGCGGUCGUGCGCGUCAGUGGCACGGGGCGGUCAGCCUACUCCCCGCCUUGCGGCGGGCAAAGUACGAGCCGGAUGUCGUGUCAUACAGCGCCUGCAUCAGCGCUUGCGAAAAGUCGGCAAGCUGGGGAUUGGCACUUGCCCUGCUUCAAGAGCUUGUCUCCAUGGAACUCCAGCUGGACCUGAUCGCUUGCAACACCGCCGUGAGCGCGUGCGAGAAGGGAGGCGCUUGGUGGGGCGCACUGGACCUACUGCGCGUCGCUCAGAACCGAACUGUUCAAGUGGACACGAUCACCUUCAACGCUGCCAUCAGCGCCUGUGGCAAAGGCGGGCACUGGCCACUGGCGCUGCUGCUGCUCAACGAGAUGCAAGAAGCUAAGGUGACUUGGGACCUUAUCACCUUCAAUGCGGCCAUCGCCGCAGUUCCCCCAUCGGCGUGGCAAACGGCAGUGGCACUGCUGGACCUGCUCAACUUCACCGCGGCCGAGCCGGACACCAUCACAUACAACUCCGCCAUCAGCUCAUGCUCAUGGGAGUUGGGACUUCAUCUCCUUCAUCAGAUGCAGCAGAGGCGCCUGGUCCCAGGCCUGGUCUCCUACAGCUCGGUCAUUGCGGCCUGCGGCCGCGAAGGAUCCUGGGAAGCCUCACUGCGCCUGUUGCAAGCGCUGAAAGAUGAGCAGUUUCGUCUGGACCUGAUCACGUACAACUCUGCAAUCAGCGCUUGCGAGAGGGGCGAUGCCUGGGCGCACUCCUUUAGCCUAGUGAGGGAGCUGAUGGACGUGGAGCUGAACCCCAGCCUCAUCUCGUUCAACGCCGCGAUCACGGCCUGCCAGCGGCCGGGUCUCUGGCAGCAGGCUGGGGCGCUGUUGGAGGAAGCUUCCCAGCGCCAGCUUCGGGCCGACCUGAUCACCUACAACGCCUGCAUCACUGCCUUGGAGAAGGGUGGGCAGUGGCAGCGGGCUCUGGCAAUGCUGCAUCAGCUGGAGGAGUCGGAGAUUCGAGCCGAUGUCGUCACGCACAGUGCAACAAUCAGUGUUUACUCAGCUGCGGGUCUCUGGCAGGAGGCAUUGCUGUUCUUCUCGGAGCUCCUGCAGGGCGGCGAGAGCAACGUCGUCACCUUCGGGGCGGCCAUCCAGGCCAGUGCCCAGGGUCUGCAGUGGCAAGUCAGCUUGGGGUUGCUGCGGCAUUUGCCACAGGUGCGGUGCCAGGCCAAUGUCAUCGUGUACAAUCAGGUGAUCAGUAUCUUUGAGAUGUGCAGCCAAUGGGAGCAGGCGGCACUUCUGCUGGAAGAGCUACAGAUUGAGGGUUUGGAGGUGGAUGCUCUGACCUACACCGCCAUUGCGGGCGCCUGCGCCGAGUGCAAGCAGUGGCAGAAGGCCGUGGCGUUAGUGAACGAUGCCGCACACGCCGACUUAGCAGAUGAAAAGCUCUACAACACGGGCAUCAGCGCUUGCGGGGAGGGCGGUGACUGGCGCGGUGCGGUGGCGCUCUUCAACGAGCUUGCCUCAAGCGGCUUGACGGUAGACAUCGUCAGCUGCAACGCAGUGAUCGGUGCCUGCAACAGGGCCGGAUCAUGGACUGUCGCGCUGGCCAUGUUCCAGCACGCACUGUCGGCCUUGCAGCCGACCAUCCUCACGUAUUCCGCGGCAUUGCGCUCUUGCGAACGGGGACGACAAGAGCGACGUGCUGC